GGUGUCCCUGAUGAGGUUCGUCGCCUGCAUCUUCUUUUCCGUAAGCCAUCUUGCCAAAUUGGGUUUCAGAGUUCCGCCAUGAAAGGUUUCGUUCUUUUCUAUGGUCACCGCAUAUCAUGCGGAAGUUCAUGAAGCGACUGCGUGAGAUGAGGAAUGGGGCUAUAGGUGGACGGCUUAUUUGUGGCGCACCAAACUUUUGGUGUGCUAUUGCGCAUCAAAAAAAAGGGUCAUCGAAAUUUCCAACUGGAGUUGUUGAACCAGGUGAAGAUAUAAACAUUGGAGUUGUAAGAGAAGUAAAAGAAGAGACAGGGAUUGAUACAGAAUUCAUUGAAGUACUUGCCUUCAGGCAGAGCCACAAAGCUUAUUUUGAAAAAUCGGAUUUAUUUUUUGUGUGUAUCUUACGGCCACUUUCCUUUGACAUUACUAAGCAAGAAUCCGAAAUUGAGGAUGCUCAGUGGAUACCAGUGGAGGAAUUUGCAGCACAACCAUUUGUACAGAAACAUGAGCUCGUGAAGUACAUUCUUGAAGUUGGUCUGGCUAAGUCGGACAAGGAAUAUGCUGGAUUUUCGCCAAUUAGCAUAAAAUCCGCAUUCACGGACAAACAGUCCUUCUUUUACAUGAACAGGAGGGACCUGGACAAAGCAUCGGGGUCCGCCAAUGCACAACAAAAAAGCGGGUUGUGAAAGGGUACUCAAUUACUUCAUUGGUCAGUUGGUAGUUUGUACACCUGAUUUUGACAGCAUGCUGCCUGCUUCCACCAUGUGUGAUUAAGAGAUGUAGCUUAGCAGAAAUACAGCUGAAGUUGGUGUACUUAUCUUAUCAAUUGUAUCGAUAAGCUUACAAAUAAUGAGAAUGUUGGUAGGACUG